UUUUAUAGAGGUUCGAUAUAAGUCAUGGAUGAUCGUUCAUGGAUGUAUCGAGAUUCACCCCAAGGAUUGCGGAGGAUGGAUUAUUGUAAUGGGGUUCAGGGUUUUAUUAAUUUCGUAACAUCUAUUCCCAGAAAUUUUACUGGAGGCGGUAUUAGGUGUCCAUGCAGGAAGUGUGAAAAUAAAAAGUAUCUGCAUCCAGAUGUUGUAAUGAUGCAUCUUCUACACAAAGGGUUUAUGAAGAAUUACCAGUGUUGGUAUGCACAUGGAGAAGUAUUUGUUAGCGAGAGUGAGAGGAGAAUGGAAGAAACGGUGGUUGGGUCUACUUCUAGUGCUAGUAACGUGCAUGAAACGGCAAAUGACAACACUAAUCCUUACAGAAAUGUGGUUAUGGAUGCAAUGAGAAUGAAUCAAGGUAAUGGCAGUCAAUGUCCAAUCGUAGAAGAAGAACCUAAUGUAGAUGCAGCUAGGUUUUUUGAUUUGUUGAAAGAUUCUGACGAACCAUUAUGGGAUGGCUGCACGAACCACAGUAAAUUAUCGGUCGUAGCACAGGUGUUCACCAUUAAGUCAGAUCACGGGUUGAGUGAGGCCGGGUAUGACAAGAUUAUUGAAUGGGCAAGAAGCAUUUUACCUGAAGGGAACAGGCUGAAAGAGAACUUCUAUGCUGCGAAGUCCAUGAUGAAACCCCUCGGUUUAGGAUACCAGAAAUUUGACAUGUGCCCUAACUUCUGCAUGUUAUACUACCUUGAAAAUGCUGAGAUGACCGAGUGCAUGACAUGCGGGCAUUCCCGUUACAAACCUAGAACUGGCAGGGGAAAGACUCUAGUGGCAUAUAAAAAACUUAGAUACUUCCCAAUCACACCUAGACUGUAGAGGUUAUUCAUGUCACCAAGGACUGCUGAGCACAUGACAUGGCACCAAGCACACCAUGUGGUUGAUGGAGUGAUGGUUCAUCCUUCUGACGGCGAAGCGUGGAAACGCUUUAACAGUGUUCAUCCUCACUUUUCAGCUGAAUCAAGGAAUGUGCGUCUUGGGUUGUGUACAGACGGAUUCAACCCAUUUGGGUCAUUUGCUGCUCCUUAUUCUUGUUGGCCGGUUAUACUCACAGUUUAUAACUUGCCACCGGGAAUGUGUAUGAGGCCAGAGUUCAUGUUUUUAUCUACUGUCAUACCCGGUCCAAGAAGCCCGGGGCGGAAUAUAGAUGUUUGUCUUCGACCGUUGAUUGAUGAGUUGGCGCAGUUGUGGUCCUCCGGAGCUCUGACUUAUGAUAUAUCGAGGAAACAAAAUUUCCUUAUGAGGGCGGCAUUGAUGUGGACUAUCAAUGAUUUUCCAGCUUAUGGAAUGCUUUUUGGUUGGAGCACGCAUGGGAAACUCGCAUGUCCAUACUGCAUGGAAAACAACAAGGCAUUCACGCUAGCAAAUGGAGGUAAAGCUUCUUUUUUUUACUGUCACCGUCGCUUCUUGCCACUUCAUCACAGGUACAGAAAGAACAGAAAAGAUUUCUUUGUUGGCAGAGUUGAAAAAGAUGUUGCAUCCCCGCGUCUUUCUGGUGAAGAAUUGCAUGAUGUUGUCUCAGAGUACGGUGACAUUGUGUUUGGCCUUCAAUCAGGAAAGCAAAAGUUUCCUGGUUUUGGUUUGACCCAUAAUUGGGUAAAGCGAAGUAUCUUUUUUGAGCUUCCUUAUUGGAAGACCAAUCUGCUUCGCCAUAACCUUGACGUCAUGCACAUCGAAAAGAACAUGUUUGAGAAUAUUUUCAACACCGUCAUGGAUGUGAAGGGGAAGACAAAGGACAACAUCAAGGCUAGAUUGGAUAUAGCUUUAUACUGUAACCGAAAAAAUAUGGAGUUGGUUUAUGAUGUGUCACGGGUCGCAAAACCAAGAGCAAGCUUCGUGUUAGAGAAAAACGCACAACUGCUAGUCUACAAAUGGCUUAAGAGUCUGCGUUUUCCGGAUGGACAUGCAUCGAACAUAUCAAGGCUGGUUAAUAUAGAGGACUGCAGAUUGUAUGGAAUGAAGAGUCAUGACUGCCAUGUGUUUAUGCAAACACUCAUCCCAUUAGCUUUUCGUGAUUUGUUGCCAAAGGGAAUAUGGGAUGCACUCACGGAGAUCAGUCAUUUCUUCAGAGAUAUAUGCUCCAGUAAGUUGAAUGUUGAUCACAUUGAGAGGUUUCAAACGAAUAUCGUCGAGACACUAUGCAAACUUGAGAUGAUAUUCCCUCCAUCAUUUUUUGACUCAAUGGAGCAUCUCCCUAUACAUCUACCGUUCGAGGCAAAAGCUGGAGGACCGGUCCAAUAUAGAUGGAUGUACCCAUUCGAACGGUACUUGUUUAAUCUCAAGAAAAAGGUUAAGAACAAGGCGCAUGUUGAGGCUUCGAUAUGUGAGGCCUAUAUUGUUGAGGAGAUCUCAACAUUUAUCUCGUACUAUUUCGAACCUCAUAUGAGAACGAGAAUCAAUCGCGUUCCACGGCAUGAUGAUGGCGGUGAAGUGCCUUCUAGUGGGAACUUACGGACACACCGACGGAAUUAG